CACGACACAUCAAAUGCGAUUCUUACUAAUAACUUAGCAGGAUAUUGUCACUUCAUGACACAACUUGCCUAACGAAGCGUAAGGAUGGCGGUAAAAACAUCAUUGGCAGACUCCUGCCUCCCAGAGUCUGUCAAGGAAGCCGUCAAAUCAACAACAACUUGCACAGCGUCAACAGUGGCCUCUCUACAAUCGCUACUACGGUCCACCACAAAGCCUGCGUCGUCAGAAAAGGCUCGCUCGAACAGUAAAUCAACAAAGGCCACUGCAAGCACAGUGACUCGCACAAAAUCGACGCGGUCAGUGAAUCCGAAAAUUGCAGCGAAAGUCGCCGUUUUUCAACCUUCCGCUACCGAUAUUAAAGGCGACGAGGAGACACAACAGUUGUCCGUGCAAGACAGGUUGGUGCUUGCAACGGAGGUGUUUAAUGCAGUCUCGAGGGCUUUAUCAGAUGCUUUACAGAUCAGUGCGUCACAGCACAAUGGCAAAUCUCCCCUGAAACCCGCGUCGCCAAACCAGCAGAUGGUCAUCGCCCCAACAAUAAAAUUGAAAACGAGCAAAAGCUCAUCGGGUACGAGUGAGCAAUCGUCUGCCGAUGGCUUGGUAGCAGCAGCGGAAUGCGCGAGUUUAGCUCUUGCCAGUCUUCGAACACUAAAGAAUGAUAAAGCAGGAAGUGACGCCUAUCCGAAUCUACAACUUGAACAGGGAACUUGUGUACUUGCGGGAAGACUUAUCGCGCUCGGAUUGAACAAUAUGGCUUACAGAGAAUUGAAAGCGCUGAAAAGGCGUCUACAAGAGUUUAUACAAUCAAGAGCAGGCAACAAUUCGUCGAAGGCUUCGGUUUCUCGACCGGUUGAGGAUACCUCUGUGACAGAAACUGCGGCCGAUUUACUGCUGUUGGAGAACGUCGAGCAUGCAGGACCAGUUCUCAGUGCUCUUGUUCCAUUUCAGACAAAUGUUUUGAAACUCGUUAUCUCCGAGGCAAAAGUUUCAAAUGUUGAAAAAGCGAGUAGUGCUCUUGCUAUAUCAAACCCGAGUAGUCCCGCCAAGAUUAUCUUGCAGUCUUUGGAAGCUAAAAUCCUGGACAAAGAUAAGGCCGCUUUGCAACUGGUUUCCUUGUCCAACACUAUCUCAUCUUUGGCAACUUUGUCACAGAAGUCGAUUGCCGCGAAUCCUGCUACGAAAAAAUUUAACACACGUUCUCUUUCUACCCUCACGUUACAAUUAUUAUCAAUGGAGGUCCGUACUAUGUCAUGGGAGCUAUCUGGUCACAUCCCUGAUCUCAAACGUGAAUUUUGGGACCCAUUGUUGCGCUUUCUGGAGACAUUCUCGAAUAACGGAUCGAAAAUUCAAAGGUCUGAUUUUGUCUCAAUAUACAGGACAGUACAGCGCCUGCAAUCGAAGGGCACGAAUGACAGCAUGUCCACAAUAGCAUUUCCAUGGAAAAUUGCUUCGGUUCUUGGUCGAAUUGCCCAAGAUGCCUCUUGUUUGGAGGAGGCCUUGAAACUCUUUUCCAAUGCAAUCGAAUCCGCAGAGGUAGAACAACCCUUGGCAGUCAGCAUAAUUCAAUGUCGAAUUGCUUUUAUACACCUGUGCCUUUGCCGAAACAUCAAAGACUAUUCUCCGAGUUUGGUAGCCAACUCUCUUGUGACUGCGGCUACAGGACUGAAAUCGCCGAAUAAAGGUAGUAGUCACGAGCUUGAAGAAUUAGUGGUCGAGUCAGCCAAGCUUAAAAAACUAACAAUGGCAAGCUUUGGAGACUCCUUCUCUUCUAAUUCUAACCCCAAGGACGACAUAGUCAACCCAACUGUCGAAUUUUUACAUGCAUUCAUCCGCUUCCUAAGGAGAUAUAUUGGUCGUCAAGUGCAGGAUAAGGAUGAUGAAACGUCCAAAAUACAAGCCCAGGCGGUAUUGUGUAGGUUAAAGAACAUCAUACUUUCCGCUGUGGAUUCGUCUGUCGCAUUGGGGAAAACAGCCGUGUUGCGUCAAAUUCCGCCUUGGGAAACUGUACAGCCAGUCCUGUCAGACUCUCGAAGGUUAUUGAGUAACCUCGAGAAUCUUGACGAGCACUCCUUGGAUGAUGGCAAUAGUUGGAAGGCAUCGACAGUGAAGCUGUCCAAUGUUUAUUGGUCUCGUUACCUCAAGGAGAAAGAAGCAGGCCAAGGGUACAAGGAACUUAUUCCACUGCUUGACCAGUCCGCCAAUCUUCUACAAAACUGUCCAGUUGCCGAAAGAGUAGCCGGUUUUGCUGCUCUCAAAUUUGAAAGACUUGCACAUCUGUACCUGGAGGCAAGAAUGGGCGCAAAAUCUCUCUCAUGUUUUCAAAGAUCAAUACAAGAACAUAUCGACUGCGGGGUACUUCAACAAUACAUGGCGUAUCUCUCUGGAAAGCCUCCAGUUAACCCUCUGAAUGAUUCCCAAAGUCCCGGUUUCAUCUUAGGCCGAGUUCUGUCCUCAUAUCUCAAAAUGCAAAUACGUCGACCAGAUAAUGACGAAAAAUAUGUUUUUGAUAACAAAAGUUUGCCUUCUGAAGAGCGGGGAAUUCUGCUUGAAUGGCAGAUAGCCAUAAUUACAGGCUCGCAUGGCCUUGACUCUGACACCGAUCAUUUCCGGGAGCUAUUCCAAAUGCUCAUCUCUGAACUUCUUUCGCUUUAUUCCUUGGAAAUUUAUCCGAUCCGCCGUUUACGUGUUAUCCGAUUCAUACUCCGCUUUCUUCUUGACCAUCCCAACUCAGCUGACAAUGUGGUCACUGAGACUUUGACUAAAGGUGCUAGUUCAAACGUGUUCAAAUCCAAAACUUCCGAAAAAGAUGCCAUGUUAGAACCAUUUGUAUUACAUAUUCAAAACUCUCUCAGGCUCGCCCUCUCUUUCUACGAUGAUGAUAUUGAGAUAAACAGAUUAGGAGAUACCAUCGCGUCCUGGACCUUUAUGAUGCGAAACUGCACGACCUGGGAUACACUCAACUCUGUCGUUGAUGAUUGCGAGCAUUGGAUUGCACAGCUCAAGGCGGCCUCGGAUUACUUCGAUGCCCGUGGAUUCUGGAAGCUCUACUUGGCGGCAUCCGAGCUUCUCAUCCACAUUUUCGAACUUCAACCAGUCCCAGAUGAGUCGUCCAUGUUGCUAAUCUUAUCACGUUGCGCAUUGCAGUAUUGUCGCCGUGGAGAUUGCAACUCUGCUCUCUACUUACUAGAUCGUGCGAAAAAGUAUGCCGAUACUCACAGCGUUGACAAUCAGUCCUCGGUGGCAUAUCAAUUAGCACGAAGUGAAUACUACCUAGAGAUCGGCAAUCCGGAUCUCUCUGAAACAGCCUUAUCUUCUGCCCAGCAGCUCUACCAAGAUAGAGAGAAUGGAACAGAUGUUGGUGGAAACCGAAGUCAUUCCAAAGUUGUGUGGGAACGCCUGGUUGUUGACGGAACUCUUUUGUUCUCCCGUAUCGCUUACUAUCGACAAAACCUAGAAGUCGCUUUGUACCAUGCCAAGUUAUCAGUCAGACUGAGUACCCGGAUAUGGGCUAAACUAGAACACCUGUCUGAAAAGAAAAGAGAAUCGGGUCAGCUGACAAAAGAAAUAUCGGAGAUGGAUCUUGUCAUCGACGGUGUAGCAAAUAUGGAAAUUUCCUCGGCGUCUGCCUCUUCCGCAUGCAGCUACAGAGAAGGGGCGGUUUAUUGGAACCAUGUGGCCUCACAUAAUGAAUGUUUCCUAAACCUUAUGCGUCUUUCUGCUUACAAUGGAUUGUUUCAAGACGCGAUAUACUAUGGCGAACAAGCUCUGAAGGUCAACAAAGCGCUCGGUGCUCCUUUACGCUUAAUCGCUUGUCAAGCUGAAUUAGGGCUGGAGUGGAUUCGGGGAAAUCACCUGUCGGAAGCUAAGGAGGUUCUUAACGCCGCACCAUAUUCGUCUGAGAAUCUUCUCAACAACCUGGAGGUCGUCAAACUGAAGAUCAGUCUGGCGGCUUUAAGUAAAGGCCACGGAGAGCAUAAAGAAGCUUUGCGACUUCUCGAAGAGGCCGGAGUAUUGCUUGGUCGCGCUUCCGAGGUAAAGCCAGACUCAUUAUUUUCUGUCAAGCCUACCAACAGCAGUCUCGAGGACAAAAUGGCAGACCUGAAAAUUCGUCAAGCUUCUGUUUUGAAAGAAACCGAGCUCCUCCCAAAUCGACGACCACGAAAAACGAGAGCGACCCCGAAAUCCACUACUAAGGCGACAGAAGACGUCGUUCUUCCAAAGCCUGCAGUCCACUCGCAAUCUAUUAUAGCUCUUAAAAACGAGAUUUUCCGACAACAAGUUGUAAACUUGUUGGCCGUUCAAGACCUGGAUCAAGCGUCCAAACUGCUUGAAAACCUCCGAGAAUCCCCUUCCACGACAAGUCAGAUAUCAAUUCAAAUUGAAGAAAUUGAACAUUUACUCGCAGAUGCCAUGAGAAGUAUCGCAACUCAUGCUGUAUAUUGCGUUCUCCCUGAAUCUACCUUAUCCGUGCCAUCAAUCGAAGCUGUUAUCGACGCUAUGACUUCUCCAGCUAACAAACAAACUGCACCUGUGAAACGAUCAAAAUCAACGGCAAAGGAACCACGAGGUCGCGCUGCAAAGACUGCUAAGAAAGAAAUUGAUAUUGGGAGCAUUAUGUCUCAGGCUAAGAGUGCUAUAAGCGAGACCGUUAGAAAGGCCGUUGCGUCUGGAUCAACGAUGGAGGGACAUGCUGCGUCGUGCCUCAUGGGCCGUAUUUCCAUGCUUCUACAUGCGACGAAACCGGGUGUUAUAGACAAGGAUAUCCUGACUCCGGUGAACGCAAAUGAACUUGGACGCAUUACCGCUUUCGAUCGAGAACGUCUCGCCAUCAGCCUUGAUAAGAAACUCUCUGGCAAUGUGGAUUCAAUGAAUUGGCCGACCUCUACAUGUUACGUUCUAGAAGAGAAGAUGGACAUUAUCACAAAUUUCUCGCGAGAUUAUGUCGAUAUCCUGCCCUGCGACUGGAACGUAUUAUCUAUUUCAUUGAACUCUGACCAUACAGAAUUCAUUAUCUCCAGAAUGUCCCGUGACAGCACACCAUUUCUUCUACGGCUUCCACUUAAGCGAAGUGACGAAGGAGAUGAAAGUGAGGAUGACUUCACAUUUGACUGGGGUAAGAACGAGAUGAAGGAGAUCAUCAAACUUGCCAAUGCUAGUGCCCACGACGCCAAAACUCGGAUAGACAGACAAUCUAAGAAGGAUUGGUGGACUACACGUGAAUCUCUAGAUCGUCGACUUGAGACACUUCUAGAGAACAUCGAGAAUGUCUGGUUAGGUGGUUUCCGGGGUAUAUUCGACCCGACUCCUCGAGACCCAGAAAGACUUUCCCGAUUUGCUGCGUCAUUUGAGACAAUACUAGACAAGCAUCUACCUUCGCGACGAAAGCAGGGCAGCCGAAAAGAGAAGAUCAAAAUCCAUGAGAAUGUACUUGGACUGUUUGUUGGACUCAAAGGGCUCGACAAACAAGAAAAUCCCGAAGACUCCUUGAUGGACUUGCUGUAUUUCGUUGUCGACAUUCUUCAAUUCCAAGGUGAACGCAACGCGUACGAUGAGAUUGACUUUGACAUGAUGGUUGUUGAUACGCUUGAUGUAUUGAACAGCUACAAUAGUAGCGCAUCCCAAGAUAUACAACAUCCGAAUCACACCAUCCUAGUACUCGACAAGUCAUUGCACUCUUUUCCUUGGGAAUCUCUACCAUGUCUGCAGGGAUUACCUGUCUCACGCAUGCCAUCCUUGGAAUGCCUUCGUGAAAGGAUCGUUCAAUUCAGAAGGGCCAUGGGAGAGGAGUCGAGUCAAAUUUUUCACAUUGAUCGUAACAAUGGCACCUCCGUGCUCAACCCAAGUGGGGAUUUGAAGACAACACAGAGCACAUUUGAGAAUACAUUGUCAAAUCUGAACGGCUGGUCCUCUAUCACCGAACGCGAACCCACUGAAGCGGAGUUUAAGUCUGCACUAGAAAGCAAAAGCCUCUUUUUGUAUUUUGGGCACGGAAGUGGAGCGCAGUACAUUCGGGGACGCACAAUAAAACGCCUCGACAAAUGUGCGGUAGCCUUCCUCAUGGGCUGCAGUAGUGGAUGUCUCACAGAAACUGGAGAGCUGGAGCCAUACGGCACACCAAUGAACUAUAUGCAAGCUGGAUCUCCUGCGCUUGUAGCAACUCUGUGGGACGUGACAGAUAAAGAUAUCGAUCGAUUUGCCAAAUGCGCAUUCCAGAAAUGGGGUUUAAUUGGCCCAGAUGAGUGCGAGAAUGACCAAGAAAUAACGAAACGGAAGGACUCUAGCAAGUCCAAGAAAAGCUCGAAGGGUAAAGAGCCAGCUCGAGCUGAGUCUAGUCUAGAAGGAAACUGUGCUCUCGAUGAGGCCAUCGCCAUGUCUCGCAACUCGUGUCUAUUGAAGUAUUUGAACGGAGCUGCGCCGGUGAUCUAUGGUAUUCCUAUAUAUCUUAACAGAUAAGCAUUGGGGGUGUUGACUGGAUGUAUUUUUAGCGUUUUAUUCUUUUUCUGUUUGCUGAUACCCAUGUUUAUAAGCAAAAUAGAUGGUGCAGCUCAUCUGUAGAAUAUGAUAAUGAUAUUAUUUGA